GCCCCUGUUCUUUGCCUCUGGUUUUGUUGGUGAGAAUAUCACAGUGAUGUCUGCAUUCAACCUGCUGCAUUUGGUGACAAAGAGCCAGCCAGUGGCCCUGCGAGCCUGUGGGCUUCCCUCAGGGUCAUGUAGGGAUAAAAAGGACUGUAAGGUGGUCUUUUCCCAGGAGGAGCUGAGGAAGCGGCUGACACCCUUGCAGUACCAUGUCACUCAGGAGAAAGGAACUGAAAGUGCCUUUGAGGGGGAGUACACACAUCAUAAAGCUCAAGGAAUAUACAAAUGUGUUGUUUGUGGGACUCCUUUAUUCAAGUCAGAAACAAAGUUUGACUCCAAUUCAGGUUGGCCUUCUUUCUAUGAUGUGAUCAGUCCUGAUGCAAUUGCUUUCAACGAUGAUUUCUCCUAUGGGAUGCAUCGGAUUGAAAUAUCCUGCAGUCAGUGUGGUGCUCACCUGGGGCAUAUUUUUGAUGAUGGACCCCGUCCAACUGGCAAACGGUACUGCACAAACUCUGCUUCGUUAUCUUUCAAGCCAGCAGAGAAGAACAAUACCGGAGAAGGCAGCGGUAGUGCUGGUCCUGCCCAAACAGGCAAAGCUGAGCUGUAGGAUGAAGCAAAGCCUGCAGAAAACUGUGCUGAUCCCACACAGCUUACAAGGAAUGUUUUCUGAGUUGUCUGCUUUCUUAUAUCCUACGAAUGUUUAAAUAUAUGAAAGCAUUUUGCACCAUCCUACUUCUUCCUCACCUUUAUGGAACUCAGGCCUUGCCUGCCAGUGCAUUUACUAUGUAAUUGGAUUGAGAAAUGUGUUGACUGACUCCACAUGUUUUCUUUCCCUUUCUUUUCUUUGAGAUUGCUCUGGGGAAUCCUUAACUUGAGAGGGUUUGGUAUCAUUAUUAGUUUCUUCGUAGUGCUGUGUUACUCUACGUUUGAACACUACUCCUUUUUGUGUGGGAGAUGGAACUUGUGUUUAUCUCCAGUCUGUAGGAAAGUUCCGGGGAUAAGAAAAUCCUGAAUUCCUAGCACAUCUCUGCUUUGUUCUGACUUGCAAGGCAUGCAACCUGUGGUCAUACGUAUUCAGCCACCUCCCAGCAUCGGCCGCACCCUGCAAAAACUUGUAGUUAUGGAUGUUCCUUCCCAGCUGAGAGAGAUGAGUGAGGUGUAAAGCCCAUUCUUUGGCUAAUUUACUGCCAAAAUUUCAAGGGUGUGGUUCAAAGGAUGUAAACAUUGUCUCAGCAUCUAUUUUUCUCCUUUGUUUGGUAUUUAAAUAAAGGUUUUAACCAGUAAGGCUCACUUUUGCAGGCUACUAAUGAGGCUUUGCCUUUUCAUGAGGCCUGUUCAGCCACUGUAACUCAAAUCUGAACUAAAGUUGAA